CCCAACGCCUGUUCAGAUGUAAUUCUCGUAAUUCUCCUCCAGCACAUUCAUCACCAGGACCUCCAACCUAUUUGCUCCUUUGUCCUACAAUUUCAUAAGUCGACUCCUUCCACUAGCAGAGUAGGCUGUGUCUUCUGCCUCUUUCCCAAAUAUUUCUUCCUAUUUCAAGAAGAAGCAGGCAGGUUCAAGUUCACCACUCCAGGACCGUUUUGCUAUGUACACUGUUGUUGUACUUGCGCAGAAAUCGGGAAUGCAUAUUGUGCGCGUUCUUCUGGUCCUUCUCGCUUGGAGGGCAAGGCAGCAGACUGUGUCUUCGAAACCCUUACGUCGGAAGGCAGCAGAUCUCGAGAUGGAUGCCCCGCAAUUGAAGCGCCCGCCUCACAUUUUUAAAACUGAUAUUCAAGAGAGCCUCCAAUGGCGAAUGGAGAACUCUGCGGGGAAGCGACAGGCGAGGGAAGAAGUUCUCUUCGUCCAUAAACCAACUCCUGCGCCAACUUAUUAUACUGCGAAGCACAAGACAAGCAAGCGGUGCUCGGACGACUUCGACUGCAUGCGAGUCUUGGGCCAGGUGUGCAACAUCGAGAAGCAAGGCUCGACGGGAACCUGUCAGUGCCCCGACAGUACACCUGUUCAUGUAGUGGAGCACGACCAGCCAAGAUGUGUCUCUGCUCGCCUGAUCUUUGAGGACUGCGCGGACACCGCCGAAUGUGCGUUCCUCAACCCUUAUGUGGAAUGUGUGAACCAGAUCUGCACCUGCUCGCCACCGAACGUUAUGAAAAGGAAGGACCUGUGCAUCCCAGCUUCAGCAUCCAAUACUACUUCCCCGGCGGCCAACGUGUUCGCCAUACUUCUCAUGAGCAUCGGAGCUAUCGGAGGCAUUGUAGCUCUUGUGGCCAGGAUCAUAAUUGGCAAAGAAGGUCGACACCAGGAUAGCGACGAAGAGCCACAUGGUAGUUAUCGGAGGCAACGCCACACGGUUGAUCCUUCGACUGUCCUGUUAAGCAAAGGAAUUAAGCGCAUCUUCAAUGACUGCAAAGAUAAGAUACAAGAUAGAACCUCCCAUGAGAGCACGGUUGUGGUCGACGUCCACGUGCCAUACGAACCAUUGGACUUUGAGGACAUAGCUUCGUUGGAAUCUGAUCUUCGCAGAGCAACGCGACAGCUUUCUCAAGAAGAGUCUCCAACAACAGCAAAUACUUCACUUAGAGCGACAACGUCACGCAGGGCGAAGAUUUCUGAGAAAUCAGUCGAACCAUUGCAACAGACCUCCCCAGUUACACCUCCAAACAUGGCGACAUCUAUGGAUUCUCACGGCAAGCUGGCGAUGUUGUUGUGCCGCAUAUUGAACACGCCGAAGUGA